AUGAAAUUUGGCUUCUUGAGCUCCAAAUUUCAAAAAAUUUUCGCCUGCGGCGCUGAAAAUUGGAAGAAUUCUUCGAUUAUGGUACGGGGAUUUGGGGAUUUGGUCGUGAAUCGAUGGUACGUUUUAGGGGAUAUCAUGUUUGAAUUAUCUGUGAUAUUUGCUUUCUUAAGGGUAAUUCAAUUAACGGUAUUCUGGGAUUAA